ACCAUUUCAAAGUCAAUUUUCCAGGAAAAAAACAGCAACCCUUUUUGCAGAAUUGAUCAGCAAUGGCAACCAACAACCAAGAUCAACAACAAUCUCAAGCCGGCAGGCACCAAGAAGUCGGCCACAAGAGCCUCUUGCAAAGCGAUGAUCUUUACCAGUAUAUACUGGAGACCAGUGUGUAUCCGAGGGAGCCUGAACCCAUGAAAGAGCUCAGAGAGUUGACUGCCAAGCAUCCAUGGAAUCUUAUGACUACAUCGGCCGAUGAAGGCCAGUUCUUGAAUAUGCUUAUUAAGUUGAUCAAUGCCAAGAACACCAUGGAAAUCGGCGUUUACACCGGCUAUUCUCUGUUGGCCACCGCCCUUGCUCUUCCCGAUGAUGGAAAGAUAUUGGCCAUGGAUAUCAACAGAGAAAACUACGAGCUGGGUUUGCCUGUGAUUCAGAAGGCUGGCGUAGCACACAAAAUCGAUUUCAGAGAAGGCCCUGCAAUGCCGGUUCUUGAUAAAUUGGUUGAAGAUGAUGAGAAUCAUGGAUCUUAUGAUUUCAUCUUUGUGGAUGCUGAUAAAGACAACUACAUUAACUACCAUGAGAGGCUGGUAAAGCUGGUGAAAGUCGGCGGUUUGAUCGGCUACGACAACACUCUGUGGAACGGAUCGGUGGUGGCGCCGCCUGACGCUCCCCUUAGGAAGUACGUUAGGUAUUAUAGAGACUUUGUUUUGGAACUCAACAAGGCUCUUGCUGUUGAUCCAAGGAUUGAGAUUUGUAUGUUACCCGUUGGUGACGGAAUCACCCUUUGCCGCCGCGUCAAAUGAACCACUGCCUCCGCCACCACCUCCACUGCCACCACCCAAGAUUGACAAGCUUAUAUGUUCUUCCAAUUUUCUUUUUUCCCCCUUUAAAUUUCAAAAUAUGGUGUAAAUUUGAUUUGGCAUUCAUCAAAGAAACGCCCAUCUACCAUUACCAAA